CUGAAUGCACCAUGCCAUGACAUGCUCACCUGAGUCCAAUGAGCCAAUCAGCAGGCCCAAGGCCUAGGGACAGCAGCUGCAGACCGUUGGCUUUUUGCCGGGGAACGCUUUAUCCUGUAUCCUGGUCUUUAUGGAAUCUACUCAACAGGCCAGGCGCCCCGUCCCGCCUGUGGGAUCCGAUCCACUGAUGGCGCGCUAAGAAGCAAGGCCGGGAGCCUGGACGUUCACCGUCUGGAUGGUCUGGAAAACAACACAACACGGAAUUCCCCGCUUCAUCCAUAAUGGAUCAAGGGAUGUCCUCACUUCUUCUGGAUCACCUCCGGAAGCAGGCCUCAAACAGCUCGCCGUGUCCUGACAUCCCAGGGAGAGGAGGGGGGGGGGGGGCCCGUAUGACAAGGACCGUGCAGCUCAGGCAGAACAAAGCUGCUCAAAUAUUGAUCAGCGGGGCCGUCUUUGGGCUGUUUAGUCCCAGCCAAGCGGCCGCCCGUGGGACUUGGCGGCGGCUUUAAACGGCUACGCAACCAAGAGCGGAAGAGCUGGCUGGCUCGGUGGGCUUCAUCCACCUUCAUCCACCUUCCGCUGUUGAUUCAGGCAGAAACUCCGAGGGAGGGAGAGGUGCCGCAUUGAUUGGCGAGGACGUGUUGGACGCGCUUGAUGGCUGCCAGCAGGCUAUGAAAGGUGAGCUCAGGACGAUACGACAGGCCAUUGUCAGACAGGAGGAAAAAGGAGGCACUUGAUUUGCUCACCUGCACAGUGUAGUGGGCGAAGGGGACGUUUGGACAUGGUGUGAACAUCACAGGCUGGAAAAAAACAGAGUCAGCAUGUCCUCAUCCUGGAUCCCGAAUAUGAAUCCUUGAUGCUGAUGAGGACGGCCUGGAUCACCCCGGGAUGCUGGAUCCUGUUAGGCCACAGAAGCCAGGUGACAGAUAAAGCCGCUGGACGCUCCACAUCCACAGCGCCGGUGACCUCGGUAAACACGGACAAUCAGUGAGUCAUGCAGCCCACCAGCACACCAGCGAGGUUAUCUUCAACUAAAAGUGGAGUCUGGACCCGCGGGCGCGUGACAGGAUGGUGAGCUUACGUGACCUUGUGAGGCCGCGGCUCCAAACAAACGCCAACACGGCCCCUGGUUAAAGGUUAACACCCACACACGAUAAAGGAGCUUUAUGUGCUGGUUAACCUUUCCAGCGCGUUGAAAGUAGACUCCAGUAAAUAGACGGCACGGCGUUUUGUUCUUUCUAUAUCAGGAAUAAAAGCUGUUACAUAUGGAACAAUACGGUUCAGAUCUUGGCUCAGACCUUUUUGCGUGGAGUUGGCAUGUUCUGUUUUUGCCAACCAUCUUUUUCCUCCGGGCUAACGCUUAUAUUUCGCCCUUCUCCCCCAUUCCUGUAUUUUUUAACUUUUUAACAAUCCUCUCCAGUCCACUUGGUAAACAUUGGUGCAACACAAAUGUCACCACUCCGCUGCAGGUCAGGACGGUGACACAUAAGGGGGGGCGGGGCCUGUCAUGUGAUUCAUUUGACUCAACCAAAGCCAUGUUCCCUUAUUUUGCUCUGAAAUAUCAACAUAACAUAUAACAUAUAGCAAGUACGUUUUCAAAAGUGAACUUUUUGGUUUCAUCACAGCGCAGACGUCUUAUAGUUAUGAUACAAAUGAAGAGCUUGCAACCAAAAGGCGCUAAAUCCAUUUUGACUGAUUUCGAGAAAAUCAAUGAUAUCUGAAAUGGAAACAGCACCUUUUGGUUGAAAGCAUAAAUUUCAUAUCACUUUUUUAAAUAUUUUUUUAAAUGAUUUCAAGACCAAAAUAUGUGAUUUGGAUACACAUGACAGAGGUCUAUUAAACUCAUGAAAAACAUGCAACUUAGUGAAAAUUGGAUUUAGCGCCUUUUGGUUGCAAGCUCUUCAAAUACAUGGAAUACACACGUGUAACAUACAUUUAAAUACAAAUGUUUGGUUGUUUUUAUUAUUACGUGUAGUAUAAACUCUGUGAAUAAGGUCUUAUAGGAGGGCUUUUGUCGGAUACCGUUAAACUAAAUAUAUAUUUUAGCUUGCCUAAAAUGAUACUCCUGCUCAACAAAUUAAAGGUAAAACUUAAACUGAAGUAAGAAGUAGCGACAUCGGCAAUGCUGGUCCUGCUUGAUGUGAGGGCGAUCACCCAGUCCUACUUCUUACUACGUUGCAGCUAGUAAGUACUUUAACACUUCCCCAUUUUCCAGCGUUUUCUUAGGCAAAGUGGCUCCUCGUGCCAAGCAUAAAUAUCUAUCUAUAUAUAUUUAUAUCAGGCAGGAGCAAGGCGUUUUCGUGCUCGUGUCUGUGACCUCCGGGCAUUUCAUCACGACUGAAAUCCACGACUUGAUGUGUGCAAUAUUUACACAGCACAAUGGACAGCCUAACUCUCCUUUCAGAGCUCGGCGCCCAAACCGAGCACUCCAGAUCCUAUCUAUUUGAUUUCUCACAGUCCCAAUAUAACCUCCUCCACGCCAGGCUUUUUAUUACCGCUCAGGGAGGCCAGCUUUAUUUGCAAGCUGUUUGCUGUAGCAAAUUGUUAUUGCUCCGUGGCAUUUCAAUUGAGUGAGAUAUCAAUGGAUUGUGUCAUUCACUGGCCAGACGUGACUCCCAUAGCAACAUCAAAUAUUGGGGUAGGGAUUUUAAUAAAGGGGGGCGACGCCGUGACUGUAAGAAAUAUUCAACCAUCCGCUGACCAUCGUAAAUCCCCGCCGGUGUCAUGGUGCACGCCUUCGUGACGGAGGCCACGGCUUGUGUCGGGAAGGGCACAAGCCCCCCCGGGGUAAAAACGAAACCAAAACAUGCAUGGGAUUGACUCGCUGUGGCGACCCCCGACAGGGAAGAAACCAAAGUGAAAACUAAAGACUGACCCAGCAGGCCUAAGGCCAAACCAAACGCUCACAGAAUCUUUCUUGGGUUUGAUGUAGAUUCGACAUCACGGAAAUGGGGCACUUAGGACCCCCCAAAAUAAAUUCUUUAGGUUCUGUGACAUUUGUGCUGGCUACCAAAGUUCUGACUAUGCAACAAAACGUUCAGUUUGGAAUGGCAUAACGAUGUUUUCUAUCGUUAUGUCACAGUGAGGAGUGCAGACAUAUCGUUAUGAUCAGUUCAGUCCACGAAAUUAUGAAUAAGUACUUGAAUAAGCGCCAUCGUCAUGUUACAUUUUGCGUCUAUAAGUGGUUGCUAGCACGGUGCUUUUACUCUAUUUAAGUCUUUCAGAAAAACUACAGUAUCAAAUCACUCCUCGCAUUUUCUGGCUGUGUUUGAUUUCUUCGCCAGCCGAUCCCAACCAGUUCCAUCUGAGUGGUCAGGAUGAUUUAUAUUCCGAUAGCAAGCAUGAUCCCAUUUAGGGUUUUACAUAAUACAAGCAUAUGUCAUGACUCUGAAUUCUGUUUUUAAUGUUAGGAAAAUGACUAUAAUUGCGACUGAUGCAGGAAUAUAGCAUGCAUGUACGUAAACUUAGCUAUGUGUCAAGGUCAUGUUGAGUCACCCUUGGAGGGAAAUGUGCGGAACGCCACUUUUCUUCUGGGUCUGACCCUCCCUGAUCUCUGGCUUCUGUUUCUUUGUCUCGCUCCUCUUUGUUUCGCCUGCCUGUCUUCAUUAAACUUGUCAAGUUCUCGCUCCAGCUUCGCCAGUCUGCUAUUAUGCUUUGCGGCGCUCAUCAGCGUGCCCUUCAGUUGCCUGGAAACUGAGCAUGACGAAGACCCGAGGACGGCAGCAAAGUACAUCAGAUGGAGGUGUAGCAAGUCAGUGAAAAGUUUCAGAAGAAAGGUGAGAUCAAACGGAUGCUUGUUGCCGGGAAUGUGUACCUUACGUAUCGAUGGUACAACCGACCAAUCGGGUCAAAGAACCACGUAGAAGCCAAACCCAUACACUCAUCAGCUAUAAAAUAGGCGAAUAGUGGCAUCAAAGUACACAAUCAUCCAGGGGGACGUUAUAAUAUCAUCUUUAUCGUGUUCACCAGAGUCGAGUGUUAGUUGUGUAGUUGCGUGUAUUCUUCUGCUGUAACUAGUUUUCCAGGGAGCCUCAUUCACUUCAAAUGGACAUGAAUUUAUACAGGUAUGCUGCAAAUGCUACAUAAUUAUACUUGGGUGUGGCCAUGGCUUCUCUUAGGGUUCUCUCUGCUAAAAUAAUAAUAAUAAUACUAAUACAUAAAAUAAAGUUAAGUGCAAUGUUCCUGAAGCGUGCAUCCUAGAUAGCCGUGUCACCAGUGGCUGACUUCCUGUCUGUGGAGUUUCAAAGAGUACAAAAAUAAUUCACCAAAUGUCACCAGCUACCCGGCGCUGCUUUUCGGUGUGUAACAAACAUUCCAAUGAGCUUUCAUCCCGUCUGGAAAAACCUGAGCAAAGCAAGCUUGAUUCGUGCAUCACCGCCAAUCAAUGUGGUGUUCAAUCAAUACCAGGGGCAUGUAUUUGUGCGCCCCUUUGGUCACCGAGCUAAUAACUGAAGAAAACUGAUUGUCUGCCGUCCUCGUGGGUGCUGUAGCCAAAUAUAUAACUUUAUAUACGUAAGUCAUUCAUUGGAAAACCUUUUAAAUGGUGUCGUAGUAGUUGGUCAUUCCCAAUCCAACAUUUGACUUGACUUUAGUUCCCUUGGCUAAUUCCAGUGAAAUAGUUGUUGGGAUCUUUUUGACACAAAAAGUAAUCACUUCGAGGAGGAUUAGUAAAGAAUUCCAAGCUGACACGAAAGCCCUUCCCGACUGGGGCCCACUCCUACGUACCUACAAUUAGAACAUCGUUAUAAAUCUGACAAAGUAACAUCUGUGCAAACAAAAUAUCUGGAAGCAGAAGCAAGCAGGAAGUCAUAAUCUGGCAUCAGAUCCGCUCGGAUGAAGCCGGGCUCGGGGAAUGCCGGAGGUGUUUCACACUUCAGCAGAUCCUAAAGUGAGUGCGUCCAAUGGCAAAUUAACAUAAGAUUUAACAAGAAUUCACUGAGCUGCAACCAGCGUGUUUGUGUUCUGGCGCUGGGACGCCAUUUGCACAAACCUUGUGACGAUUGUCUCGUCUCUGGCUUCAUAGCCGCUCUAUCUUCAAACGCUUCAUACGGUCGUUAACCAGAACAUACAACGUGGAACUGGGGUUCGUCGUCUGCAGUCCAGAAACGUCUUAUCUGCUGAUGUAAUCGAUCUUUACAGUGAAUGGAAGGAAGAACACGUGAUGUGCUAAUCCCAUUCCAGAGAGCCGUAUUUCACCCACGUCUGCUCGAGAUGCUCCCGUUUCUCACCUGUAGACCCCCCCCCCCCCCCCCCCCCCCCAACACUGCAUUUGACUGCAAAUAUUUCUGUUCCUGUCUCUCCUCUCUCCCUCUGCCCUGCUGCCUCUCUUUGUCUCGCCGUCCGUCUCCAUUUGUCUCUGCGGACAGGAAGCUUUCUCUGAGGGCUGCACUCUGACACGGUGUAAAGAAGUAAGUUUGCUCCUGCAGUGACAGCAGCACUUUGCAGUCAGGAUAACAACUCGGGAUAUUGACAGAGUGGAGGGAAAGAACUUCAGGGGUCAUCGUGAGCUGGCAGCCAGGAGACGGGAAGCCUGAGUCUGCUGGUGUCAGACUGACAGGAUUCCACACGUGGAGGUUUGCCACACGGUUGCUCGAUUACCCAAAACCAAGAGUGACGCAACACAGGGAUGUUAAUCAUUUGAAUCACAGACACUGAAGGACCACAGAGCAUCGUCUCGCUGUAGGCUGUCCAACAUCCUUCACCUGGAAGAGUACUGCCCGACCAAUACCGUCCAGCUCAGGAGUGCCUCCUGCCAACCCGUUCAUUGACUAAAUAAGGAGUCAAAGUGGGAGUGGAUCAUUUCUUGACAUAUAUACAAGGUGUGGGGAGAGGACAUGGCCCAUUCGGUGCUGGAGAGAAGAGCCCAGCCGGCUGAUGCGAGAGGGAAGAGGAUCUGAACGACAGGAUGCUGGAGACCUGAAUCUCGCCUCGACUGCUUCACGUCAAGUCGCACUUUUUCAUUUGCAUCUUUUCUCGCCCGUGCCCCUGCCAAGGGAAAGGGGGGCCACCAAGACGCCAAGGCUUCUGGGGGAGUUUAUCUGGGAUUUCUCUUUUUCUCUUUUUAUUUUUGGGGAGACAAACCAAGGAUGCAUUGUGGAUUAGUCUUUAUCCUGUUGAUGGGAAUCCUCUCGGUGGCCAAGGCUUUCAAAAAUGACAAAUGUGGAGGCAACAUCCGAAUCUCCAACGCCAACUACCUCACCUCUCCCGGGUACCCCAUGUCUUACGCCUCCUCUCAGCGCUGCACGUGGGUGAUCACGGCCCCCGGCCCCCACCAGCGGAUCCUCAUCAACUUCAAUCCACAUUUUGACCUGGAGGACCGGGAGUGCAAGUACGACUACGUGGAAGUGAGAGAUGGCGUGGACGAAAGCGGGCAGCUGGUUGGGAAGUACUGCGGCAAGAUCGCCCCGUCUCCGGUGGUCUCAUCGGGGAACCAGCUCUUCAUCAAGUUUGUGUCGGAUUACGAGACCCACGGGGCGGGUUUCUCCAUCCGAUACGAGAUCUUCAAGACGGGUCCCGAAUGCUCAAGGAACUUCACGUCCAACAGCGGCGUCAUCAAGUCCCCAGGCUUCCCAGAGAAGUACCCCAACAACCUGGACUGCACCUUCAUGAUCUUUGCACCCAGGAUGUCGGAAAUCAUCCUGGAGUUCGAGAGCUUCGAGCUGGAGCCGGACCCCACGCCUCCCGCUGGCGUCUUCUGCCGCUACGACAGGCUGGAGAUCUGGGAUGGCUUUCCUGGAGUCGGUCCGUACAUCGGAAGGUACUGCGGUCAGAACACGCCGGGAAGAAUCAUCUCCUACACGGGCAUCCUGGCGCUGACCAUCAACACCGACAGCGCCAUCGCUAAGGAGGGCUUCUCUGCCAACUUCACCGUCAUGGAGAGGACGGUUCCAGAGGACUUCGACUGCAGCGACCCUCUGGGAAUGGAAUCGGGUGAGAUAACAUCUGACCAAAUCGUGGCCUCGUCCCAGUACAACCCGAGCUGGUCCCCGGAGCGCUCCAGACUCAACUACUACGAGAAUGCAUGGACGCCUGCACAGGACUCCAACAAGGAGUGGAUACAGGUGGACCUUGGUUUCUUGCGGUUUGUCUCGGCCAUCGGGACCCAAGGCGCCGUUUCCCAGGAGACCCAGAGGCCUUACUUUGUCAGAUCCUACAAAGUAGACGUCAGUUCAAAUGGGGAGGAUUGGAUCACGCUGAAGGAAGGCUCAAAGCAAAAGGUUUUCCAAGGUAACACCAACCCCACAGACGUUGCCAAGACGAUGCUGCCCAAAGCCACCCUGACGCGCUACAUCCGCAUCCGUCCUGUUAGCUGGGAAAUCGGCAUCGCGCUGCGCUUCGAAGUGUACGGAUGUAAGAUAUCAGAGUACCCGUGCUCGGGAAUGCUGGGCAUGGUCUCGGGCUUGAUCACCGACAGCCAAAUCACCGCCUCGUCUCACAUCGAUCGGAGCUGGGUGCCGGAGAACGCUCGUCUGCUCACCAGCCGCACGGGCUGGAACCUCCUGGCUCAGCCGCAGCCGUUCACCAGGGAGUGGCUGCAGGUGGACCUCGGGGAGGAGAAGCUGGUCAAAGGCUUGAUCAUUCAGGGAGGGAAGCACCGUGAGAACAAGGUCUUCAUGAAGAAGUUCCGUCUCGCCCACAGCAACAACGGGUCUGACUGGAAAAUGGUGCUGGACACCAGUGGGAACAGACCAAAGCUUUUUGAAGGCAACAACAACUACGACACUCCCGAGCUGAGGACGUUGGAUCCCCUGCUGACCCGCUUCAUCCGAAUCUACCCGGAUCGAGCCACGCCUGCUGGAAUGGGCCUGCGACUGGAGCUGCUGGGCUGUGAUAUUGAAGCUCCCACAAUCCCUCCUUCCACGGCUCUUCCGGCCACGACGCCGUCCGACGAGUGCGACGAGGAGCAGGCCAGCUGCCACAGCGGCACAGGUGAUGACUACGAAGUGACAGGUGGUACGACAAUGCCGGAGACGACAACAUCGGCUGACGUGGAAAACAUCCCAGAUCUGAUGUGGUUUGCCUGCGACUUCGGCUGGGCCAACGACCCGACCUUCUGCAGGUGGACCUCGGAGGACACCGGUUCUCCGUGGCAAAUCCAGUCGAGUGGAACGCCCACCCUCAACACUGGUCCCAAAAUGGACCACACAGGUGGCUCAGGAAACUUCAUCUACACCCUGACCACGGGUUUCCAGGAGACGGAGGUGGCCCGGCUGGUCAGCCCUCAGGUCACGUCUCCAGAGUCGGACCUGUGCGUGUCGUUCUGGUACCACAUGUUUGGCUCCCACAUCGGCAUGCUGCACAUCAAACAGCGCAAGCAGACCCCGGAUGGCCCGGCGGACAUCUUGCUCUGGACGGUCAGCGGCCACCAGGGGAACCGCUGGAGGGAAGGCCGGGUCCUGGUGCCACGCACAAACAAGCCCUACCAGGUGGUGAUCGAAGGCCUGGUGGAGAGGAAGAGCUGGGGAGAUAUUGCUGUGGAUGACAUCAAGGUUCUCAACGGCCUCAGUGCAGCGGACUGUAAAGAUCCAGAUGUUCCCACCGAGCCCAUGCUCCCGGAGGACGGCUUUAACGAGAUCAUCGAGGAGGUCACGGAAUACCCAGACUUCGUGGAGACCAACCAGAUCAGCGGGGCGGGCAACAUGCUAAAGACACUUGACCCGAUCCUCAUCACCAUCAUCGCCAUGUCCGCCCUGGGGGUCUUCCUGGGCGCCAUCUGCGGCGUGGUCCUUUACUGCGCCUGCUCCCACGCCGGCAUGUCCGACAGGAACUUAUCAGCCCUGGAAAAUUACAACUUCGAACUUGUGGACGGCGUCAAGUUAAAGAAGGACAAACUCAACGUACAGAGCUCGUACUCGGAGGCAUGAGACCGCGAUGGACUCGAGCGCGGUCACGUGACAGCGAGACUCACUGUAGCGACUUCCUCUCGUCGACCCGACGAGGAGGCGGACUCUUAGGAGCGCCAUCACCCUCCACCUUUUGGACGGGGGACGAUUUCAGGAACCAAUGGGAGGUUUGAAUGAAUCCACGCUUUUCUCAGGAGCUGCAGUAAAUACUGUAGAACCUACCAGUAGGGGGCACUGUGUACAAAAGAAAAUACAGGAAAAAAAUAUGUACAGAUAAUUUAGAUGAAAUUUUAAUUUUCUAUUUUGAUUUUCCAUUCAUUUUUACAAUCGGAUGCUGGUGUUGAGACCAAUUUAUGAAUAAUCUUUAGAGUAUUUAUCAUUUUCUGCAAAAUAAAAGUUUUUGUGGAGGGGGGAACGGGGGGAGAGUUCAUGGCGGUUGCUUUUCAAGUUUUGAAACCCAAAUCCCAAAUGAACCAUAUCCGGCAAAACUGCCCGCACUUGGCAUACAGGGUGAGCUCCUCGACGAUGAAUCUGAUCCAAGUCCCCUGUUGGCCCGCUGAGUCACGAGGCGAUGGUUGUGACAGUGCCUUUCGUACAAAUCCCACCAGGACUGGCUUUUUUACGCCGCUCGGCUUAACUUAUGAUGGAUGGCGAAGACGGGAUCACGUGAUCGUGGAAGUAGCGGAGAAUGCAGCUUUGUGUUUUCCUCGUCUGUGUCAAACAAAACCACACGCUGUAAAUAUCUUUUCAUAUAUUUUAUUGCCGUUUUUUUUAAAGAAAGUGAAAAGGAAAACUUCGGACUGUUUUGUGGAUGGUGCAGUGUUCAUGUUUCAUUUUCAAGACCACGUCAGCAAUUUCGGUGGGUGAGCAUUCAAGGCCGUCUGAACGGCGGCCCGAGACGGGCAAACGUUCAAGAGCUUCGUGCACAGAAAUGAUCCCAAACCAAAAACACACGCAGCGGGAAUCUGGGUGGUAAAAAUGCUUUACUGUAUAAUCUAAAAUAUUGCGUCUUAAAGCGAGGGUGCCGAUAUUCAAACAUACUGCAAGCAUUAGAUCCCGCCUCUUCCUGCUUUGAGUGCGAGAGCUACGCCCACGUUGUUGUCAGUUAAUGAUAGCAAUUUGGCAAAGUUUAGCAACUAAUAUUAGCUGUCAUUGAAUGUAAAUUAUUGAGCGCCUCUCUGAGACAGCCUUGAUAUCAUUUUAUUCAGGCACAACUUUUUGGUUUAAUCUGUAAUUAUGAAAAAUAUUUAAACAAAAUAAUCUGUUUUUUGACCACUUUUAGUGACACAUGCUAGGUGUUUUCAUAUUUUUGCUUGAAAAAAUGUCAUUUGGAACAAAAAUAAUGCAGGCCCUUUAAGUCUUUGAAGGCCCUUUAAGUAUUUCUUUAACAAAAAAAGGCAUUCUGUUCUUUGCCACUACCAUCGGUAACAUGUUGGGCGGUUCUCGGGGUUUUUAAAGACUUUUAAAGUACAUUUUAAACUAUUUGAAUAUCUACCAUAACCUGGCUAACUUCUGAUGAGUUCACUGAACUGAACUGAACAUUUUUGUUUUGGGGCUUUGUGUGUGUGUUUGGCAUUUGCAGCACAUUUAUUUAGCUUUAUUUUUGCAAUGUCUGUGAAUGCAUCAUUUUUAAUAUGCAGCAUUUUCAUGUUGGUGUUUGCUUGUUUUGGUUUGUGAUCAUUUCUGCCCGGAGCGUUUGGACGUUGCUGCGUUGCAUUAAAACCACCAGUGGAUGAAUGAGUGAAAAAAAAAAACACAAUGGACUUCUGGCGCUUUCUGACAACCAGCUAACCAUUUCUGCCUCGUGUCCGUCAUGUAGCUGUCAUAAGUCAUGCGCAUUGUGAUGAUAAGAGGCGCCAACAUACCAAAAAAGGCAAUCAUCUUAGCUUUUGGCUCCUCUGGAUGUCACUGUGGAUGUUUCCACACGGCUGGAGUGCUUUGUUUGGGGGCGUCUAUUAAAGGAGGGCUGAACUGAGGGGUGCUGCCAUCAUACUUUCAUCAUAAACGUGCUGUUCACACGCUGUGUUGUAGCUUCUGGCCUGCUGGCCCGCCAAUCACUUCUCAUGUAGCAGAGCUGAUGUCGUUAGGGCGGCCUCAUGGAAGCCUGCGUCCUGGGGGGUCAACGCUCCGAGGAAUAAACCGGGAAGAUGCACAAUCCUUCACGGAGAAAAGCAACGUGUCUGCCGAAACAGCAAGAGGCCCAAAUGUGACCUUGAGGUUCUCCAGUGGGAGGAGCCGUCCUGCUGCACAAAACAUGCUUUGCAGCAUCGUGAUCUUUCGCGGCAGCACGCAAACAUCCUCGUGAGAAGGUUGCCAUCUUUUUCACUUGUGAUUUGUGUGCGGCGCCGUGGUGAACAUGUUCCCUCUCGACGGCUUGCCAUUGCUCAACCGCUACGCCGUAGCCUCUUCAAAUCGUUUCAAUGAAAAACUAAGACAAAAGUUUGGCGCCCGCAAGGUCUGCUGCUCAAGCGGUGGGGAAAAUACAAAGGAAACAAGGUUGCACUGAUGAAUAUGAUGCUGAAAAAGUUUACGUCUUUAUGACGAAUACUUGGAAAAAACAGGAGAAAUGUGUUCAUCUUUUAUAGCUAGAAUUUCAGGGUAUGUGACAUAACUCUGAAAUGUAAAAAUAAUAAGAUGUUUUCAUUAUCGAAAAAUGCAUUCUAGAUUCCCACCCAGUUUGUACUGUCGUUACAAUCUUUGUGUUUUGUUUUGGGAAGAAAAGUCAGACUUUUAUUUUCAAUACUGCUUCUGUAAUCUGCUGUUGUAGAGGAAAAAAAGAAUAAACAGCAAAACCUUUGUUUAAAAAAA